CAAUUGUCGCCUCUACUUCCUUCUGUCCUUCUCCAGAACAAGGAAGAAGAGGAUGAAGGGUCGUCUGAGCUUGUUGCUGAUGACGAUAUGCGUGUUCGCGAAGAACGCUACACACUUGCCAGGCAGCUGCUUGUACGAAGGAGAAACUCUGAGUGUGGGUCAACACACUCGCGGAUGCUUACGAAUCACUUGUUACGCAGAGGGUGACAUAACAAUACUCGAAUGUCCUUUAAAUUUCUGUCCAGAGAAGAGAUUGAUCGGUUAUCACGAGACGAAUUUCAGUAAGCCUUAUCCAGAAUGCUGUGCAAGACCGAUUUCCAGAUGGGAUGAGGAAGAUGUUAGAGGUCACACAACACUGAAUAUGAAAGGUGGGAGGAACGAUAUAUAAGAGCUUGAGUAUUCAGUAGUCUGAUUGUCGCCUCCACUUCUUGGUGUUUUUCUCUAGAGC